AUGGCACCUUUUCUGCUCCAUGGGACACUUAAUGUGACGAUUUACGAAGUUGAUGGGCUUUUUGGAGCAGGCUGCUGCAAUGCUUUCAUAACUAAACUAAUGCAAAACAUUGAAGAAAGUGUAGGAGUUGGACAAGCAUUUUCCAAACUGUACGUGACCAUUGAUUUAGAAGAAACAAGAGUUGGUCGGUCUAGGCUAUUACAAAACGAAGGCUCUACUCUACAAUGGCAUGAAUCGUUUCACAUAUAUUGUGCCCAUAAGGCUUCCAAUGUUGUUUUUUCUAUCAAAGAAAAUGAUCCUAUAGGAGCAUCCCUGAUUGGAAGAGCUUACCUGCCUGUUGAAGAACUUCUAAAUGGAGAAGAAGUAGAUAGAUGGCUUAAGGUUGUGGAUAAAGGGUACAAACCUCUUUAUAGAGAAUCCAGGAUCCAUGUCAAAUUACAGUUUUUUGACACAACUCGGCACCCUAAUUGGUCUCAGGGAAUUAAAAGUCUUAAAUUUCCAGGAGUUCCAUAUACAUUCUUCAGUCAAAGAGAAGGUUGCAGGGUUACCCUUUACCAAGAUGCUCAUGUUCCUGACAAAUUCAUUUCUGGAAUCAUCCCUCUUGCUGGGGGCAAGUAUUAUGAACCACACCGAUGCUGGGAGGACAUCUUUACUGCAAUUUCUAAUGCAAAACAUUUUAUUUACAUAGCCGGGUGGUCUGUGUAUGCUAGAAUAACCAUGAUAAGAGACUUGAAGAGGCCAAAACCAGACGGAGAUUUGACACUUGGUGAGCUUCUUAGAAAGAAAGCCAAUGAAGGUGUCAGUGUUUUGAUGCUUGUUUGGGAUGACCGAACUUCUGUUAAGUUACUUAAGGAAGAUGGAGUGAUGGCUACUCACGAUGAGGAUACCAGACAUUAUUUCCAUAACACUAAAGUCCAUUGUGUUUUAUGUCCACGCAAUCCCGAUGAUUUGCAUAGCAUUGUUCAAGACAUGGAGGUUUCUGCCAUGUUCACUCAUCACCAGAAGAUUGUGGUCGUGGACAGUGAAUUGCCCAAUGAAGAAUCAAAAAGGAGGGUUGUGAGCUUCAUUGGUGGCAUUGACCUUUGUGAUGGGAGAUAUGACACUCCCUCUCAUCCCAUUUUCCGAACAUUAGGCACCGUCCAUCAGCAUGAUUUUCAUCAACCUUGCUUCCAUGAUGCCUCAAUUGCUAAAGGAGGGCCAAGGGAGCCUUGGCAUGAUAUGCAUUGCCGAUUGGAAGGGCCUGUUGCCUGGGAUGUAUUGUUCAAUUUUGAGCAGAGAUGGAGGAAGCAAGGAGAAAAGGACUUGCUAGUUCAUUUACGAGAAUAUGAUGACAUAUUCAUACCUCCAUCUCCAGUGACAUUCCCUGAAGAUCACGAAACAUGGAAUGUUCAACUGUUCCGGUCCAUUGAUGGUGGGGCUGCCUUCGGCUUUCCUCACAACCCUGAGGAUGCAGCUAGAUUGGGUCUUGUCAGUGGGAAGGAUCAUGUUAUUGAUCGAAGCAUUCAGGAUGCAUAUAUCAAUGCCAUUCGUCGAGCAAAGAAUUUUAUUUACAUUGAAAAUCAAUAUUUUCUUGGAAGCUCUUUCAGCUGGAAUUCAAAAGAUCCUAAGGUUCAGGAGAUUGGUGCUUUGCAUCUUAUUCCGAAGGAACUGUCUCUAAAGAUCGUUAGUAAGAUUGAAGCUGGUGAGAGGUUUACUGUCUACAUUGUCAUUCCAAUGUGGCCAGAGGGUGUCCCACAUAGCAAAUCUGUUCAGGUAAUAUUGAAUUGGCAGAAGAGAACCAUGGAGAUGAUGUACACAGAUGUGGUUCAGGCCCUGCAAGCCAAGGGACUCGAGGCAAACCCCAAGGACUAUUUGACAUUUUUUUGCCUUGGCAACCGAGAGAGAAUAACUCCUGGGGAGUAUCAACCUUCGGAAAGACCUGAACAGGACACUGAUUACAGUAGAUCUCAGCAAUCUAGGCGUUUCAUGAUCUAUGUCCAUGCCAAGAUGAUGAUUGUUGAUGAUGAAUACAUUAUAAUUGGAUCUGCCAACAUCAAUCAAAGAUCAAUGGAUGGUGCCAGGGAUACUGAAAUUGCCAUGGGGGCCUACCAACCGUAUCACCUAGCGACCACAGAGCCAGCCAGGGGCCAGAUUCAUGGGUUGCGUAUGGCAUUGUGGUAUGAGCACUUAGGCAAGCUUGAUAACUCCUUUCUCCAACCAGAGAGCUUGGAAUGCGUCCGGAAGGUGAACCAGAUUGCUGACGACUACUGGGAUCUCUACUCAUGUGACACGUUAGAUCAUGAGUUGCCAGGCCAUUUGUUAAGUUAUCCGAUUCGAGUUACCCAUAAUGGAGAGGUGACAGAGCUUCCAGGGUUGGAACACUUCCCAGACACCAAGGCUGGAGUUCUUGGAUCCAAAAAUGAGAUGCUUCCUUCCAUUCUAACUACUUAAACUCAGUUGUCUAAUAAUCAAAAUGAUGUAUAUUCUUUCAUUCUGUCAUUUAAGCACAGUGAUAUUCUGUUUGGUGGAAGCAAAUAUAGUAAA